ACAUUUGGCUAUAGGUGGGGAUUAUAUUUUGCUUUUAUGGUUUAAUUAUUUUAGAUCUUAAAAUAACUCAUAAUGUUGAGCUCUGCCUCUUUAUUUAAGUUAAUUUGUUGUGUAAUUUAUGCAUUUUUAAAUCAACCCUUGGGUUUCUUCCCUCUCUCUGUUCUUUGUUUUUUUAAUAUUGAAAAAUAUUUAAGGUUUGUCAAAACAUUUUAGAACAACAUCGAAACAUUUAAAAUAGCUGGAACCUCUUUCUCCAAAGACUGGAACGAUGUCGACUCUACUUCGAGAAAUAGGAAGCUACGACGCACGCGCAGCUUCUAAACUGAAAAAGGCAGGUUUCCAAACUGACUCAGAGAUCCAGAAUCUGACUCUGGCAGACCUGCAUGACCUUUUUCCUGGACUAAAGAAGCUAAAGCGGAGAAACACAAUCUUUAAAAUAAUUCAUAAACAGAAGCAAAUUGAUCCGUUCCUGGAAAAACUUGGAGAUGUUUCCCAACGAGACUCUCUCAGAGAUUUUGUGAUAAAAGAGUGCUUUAACAGGAUAAAGAACACAAAAGAACAGCUGGAUGACAAACAGACUGUCCUUAAACGUCUCAAUGAUUUUCCAAAGGACAUCAGCAAAAGUCUGGAUUCUGAAAAAGAGGUGGAUUUCCAGACUGUCCCUGUGGUCCAGAUUCUGUAUCCAGAAGACCUGCGAGAACUGUUUCCUGGACCAGAAUAUCUAAAGCUGAGAAGGACCAUCUUUCAAAUAAUUCAUAAUCAGACGCCAGCACAUCUGCUCCUGGAAGAACUUAAAGGUUUUACCCAACAAAACUCUUUUUACGAUACUGCUGUAGCUGAAAGGAUAAAGGACACAAAACAGCUGUUGGAUGAGAUGCAGAUUAUCCUUGAAGCUCAUAAUAAUAAGCAAAAGGAUAGAAGCAAAAGUCUGCAUUCUGGAAAAGAUUCUUCAUCAGACACCAAUGCUCCCCUGAAAACCAAUGAGAAGCUAAAGAAAAGUGACUCAAAAAAUAAGAGAGAAGUGAGGUUCAAGGUGGAGGUCAGCGGUGAAACCUUUGGUGCUGAUCAACAACUUUUGGAUGAAAUAAAGACUCCAGACUUGAAAUGGAUAGAGAGGGGAGAACACGACAUCACCAUCGUUUUCUGUCCUGUUACGUCUCGAGUAGGAACAGAUGCUGAAGCAGCCAUGAGGAAAGUUCCAGAUGGUGAUCCUGUCAUUUUGGUCUUGAUGCAUUACUCCCAAGAGCCCAAACAUGUUUCCUCUUCAAAAGUCUUAUCUAGUUACCCUAAUGUUCUCCUGGAGGUCAAUAUUUUCUACCAUGACAAAAAGAAGGGUUUAUUGAAGUGCAAACAAUAUGAAAAUGCUGUCACUGCGUUGAAGGAAGAACUAAAGAAGUACAGCAGACAACAGCGUUCUGGGUUUAACCAUAGAAAUCACAGCAACAGUGGUCCUUCUCUUAGUAAAGUCUGACAGGUUGCUAACGUCUGUUAGGCUUUUAAUUGUUGUAACAAGAUAAAGUUAUGCCAAAUCAGUUUAAUUAAAUGUUUUUAACUACUCAGAAAGCUUUCAUAUUAAAAUGUUGUAUGUUUCCACAUUUACAUUUUAUGAACAAAUAAUGAAGUAUCUUAUUGUAUGCUGCAGAGAAGUUAAAGCUCAUUUAAACAAGAAUGUUGUGUGGGAAAACAAUAAAGGUCCUUCCUACAUUCA